GCAGCGAGCGCUGCUGAUGCGGCUGUUGUUGUUGUUGUUGUUGUGGUGACUGAGGAUGAGAGGACGGUGACUGUCGGCGCCAUGUCUCAGCCUCCCCAGUCCCCAGCCCAGGCGCAGCAGAGGAGGAGGAGGGGGGAUAGGCGCAUUUUCUCCGGCACUUGUCCGGAUCUCCAGUGCCGGGCCAGGCUCUUCUUCCCGGCUCAGGGCUCAACCAGCAUCGAGUGCACGGACUGUGGCCAGAGACACGAGCAGAGGCAGCUGCUGGAGGUGGAGGAGGUCACGGAACCGGACGUGGUGCUGCACAACCUGCUGAGGAACGCCCUGCUCGGUGUGGCCGGGCCCCCUCGCAGGAACACCACCACAGAUAUGGUGAAAGUCAUGGGGCUGUCCAACUACCACUGCAAGCUGCUCUCCCCCAUACUGGCCCGCUAUGGCAUGGACAAGCAGACUGGCAAGGCCAAGCUGCUGAGGGAGAUGAACCAGGGGGAUGUGUUUGACUGCUCCUUGUUGGGGGACCGGGCCUUCCUUAUUGAGCCUGAGCAUAUAGAUACGGUGGGCUACGGUAAGGACCGCUCAGGUAGCCUGCUGUACCUGCAUGACACCCUGGACGACAUCAAUAAGGCCAACAACAACCAAGAGUCGCUGAUACCUGUCCACGUGGAUGGAGAUGGCCACUGCUUGGUGCAUGCCGUGUCACGGGCCCUUGUGGGAAGAGAACUUUUUUGGCAUGCCUUGCGUGAGAACCUAAAGAAGCACUUGAAAGAGAACUUGGAUAGAUACAAGGCCCUAUUCCAUGACUUUAUUGAUGCAGCGGAAUGGGAAGACAUCAUUAACGAAUGCGACCCUUUGUUUGUUCCACCUGAAGGCGUACCCCUGGGUCUGAGAAACAUUCACAUAUUUGGGCUUGCGAAUGUCCUUCACCGUCCUAUUGUCUUGCUGGAUUCCUUAAGCGGCAUGAGAAGUUCCGGGGAUUACUCCGCUACCUUUCUUCCUGGUUUGAUACCAGUGGAGAGCUGUAAAGGCAAAGAUGGACAGCUCCAUAAGCCAAUAUGCAUAGCCUGGAGUAGCUCAGGUCGCAAUCAUUACAUACCUUUAGUGGGCAUCAAAGGCUCCUCAUUGCCAAAAUUGCCCUUAAAAUUACUUCCCAAGGCCUGGGGAGUUCCACAGGAUUUAUUAAGAAAGUACAUUAAACUAGAAGACGAUGGCAGUUGCGUUAUUGGAGGAGACAGAAGUCUGCAAGACAAAUACUUGCUAAGGUUGGUUGCUGCCAUGGAGGAAGUGUUCAUGCAUAAGCAUGGCAUCCAUCCCAGCUUAGUAGCAGAUGUGCAUCAAUACUUUUAUAGAAGAACUGGAGUUAUAGGCGUUCAGCCUGAAGAAGUGACUGCGGCUGCCAAGAAGGCAGUGUCUGAAAAUCGCCUUCACAAAUGCCUCAUCUGUGGUGCUUUGUCAGAGCUCCUGGUCGCUCCAGAGUGGUUGGCCCCGGGAGGGAAGUUAUAUAACCUGGCAAAAUCUACCCAUGGUCAGUUGAAGCCAGAUAAAAACUACAGUUUCCCACUUAAUAACAUAGUUUGUUCCUACGACGCAGUAAAUGAUGUGUUAGUACCGGAUUUUAACUUGAGCAACCUAACCAGUUGCAAUUGGUGCCGUGGUAAUUCAGUCCGCAGGGUGAGAAGUGAUGCCUCCAUAGUUUAUUUGGAUGGUGACAGAACUAACACCAGGUCUUAUGGAGGCAAAUGUGGCUGUGGAUUUAAGCAUUACUGGGAUGGUAAAGAGUAUGAUAACUUACCUGAAGCAUUUCCCAUCACUUUGGAGUGGGGUGGAAGAGUAGUGAGAGAAACUGUAUACUGGUUCCAGUAUGAAAGUGAUACAGCCUUGAACAGCAAUGUGUAUGACGUUGCAAUGAAACUGGUGACCAAGCAUUUCCCAGGCGAAUUUGGCAGUGAAAUCCUUGUGCAGAAAGUUGUAAACACCAUAUUACAUCAGACUGCCAAAAGGAACCCUGAUGACUACACUCCGGUGUCCAUAGAUGGAGCUCAUGUGCAGAGGAUGGAAGAUAUUAAACCAGAGGAGGACUCUGAUUCACACUUACCGACAAAAAUCAUUCUCACUGGUCAGAAAGCCAAAACUCUGCACAAAGAGGAAUUAAAUAUGAGUAAAGCGGAAAGAAAGCUCCAGCAAAACAUUACAGAACAGGCAUCAGUGAUGCAGAAACGCAAAUCGGACCAGAUAAAACAAGAACAGAAAGGACCAGUUAGAUCCUCCUCCCCUGGGGCUAUGAAAGAUGGCCCAUCAUCUGGUCCUUCAACUCCCACAAAAGCACCUUACUCACCAACCUCUUCUAAAGAGAAGAAAAUCCGUAUUACAACCAAUGAUGGACGCCAGGCAAUGCUCACCUUAAAAUUCUCAACGACAUUUUCUGAGCUUCAAGAGGGAAUAGCCAAAGAGUUAGACAUUACACCUUAUUUACAGUGCAUUCGCUAUGGGUUUCCCCCAAAAGAGCUUCUGCCACCCAAGGAUGGCUUUGAAAAUGAGCCUGUGCCGUUACAACAUGGUGACAGAGUUACAGUUGAGAUUUUAAAAGCCAAAGACAAACCUGUCCAACAGAUGCCAUCGCAUUCCAGUCAUGCUGUUUCCGAUGAGGAUUCUGCCGUGUCUACAAAAGCAGUUUCAAAGGAGCUUCAAGACCAAAUUGACAAAGAGAUGUACUCCUUGUGUUUACUGGCAACCCUUAUGGGGGAAGACGUUUGGUCUUAUGCUAAAGGACUCCCACAUCUGUUCCAGCAGGGAGGUGUCUUUUACAAUAUUAUGAAGAAAAACAUGGGAGUUGUGGAUGGAAAGCAUUGCACAUUUCCUUACCUGCCUAAUAAAACGUUUGUCUACAACGCUGCUGAAGACAGGUUGGAACUUUGUGUGGAUGCGGCAGGGCAUUUCCCUAUUGGUCCUGAAGUAGAAGAUUUGGUGAAAGAAGCAUUGACACAAGUGCGCUCCGAAGCAUCUUCUAGAAGCCGGGAAUCUAGUCCCUCACAUGGACUAAUGAAGCUUGGCAGCGGUGGUGUGGUGAAAAAGAAGUCUGAACAACAUCACAAUGUAACAGCUUUUCAAGGCAAAGGGCACUCACUAGGAACAGCUUCAGGUAGUCCAGAACAUAGUCAAAGAACAAGAGCUCCAUCGAAGCCUAGCAGUACGGCAAGCUUUAACAGUACUCCAAUAUAUGAUCCUUCUUCCUUUGCUUCAACAGCUAGUGAUGGCGAGCUGAUCAGAGUAGCUCCUGGUGUAGUUACUAUGAGAGAUAGCAGGCAACUUGAUCCCAGUAUAAUAGAAGCUCAACGGAAAAAAUUGCAAGAAAUGGUUUCCUCAAUCCAAGCUUCAAUGGAUAAGCACUUACGGGAUCAAAAUGCAGAGACAUUGACGGGGUCUGAUAGCUCUCCAAAAAAAGGAGAAUUUAAUUCCUCAAAGUCUGGAAGCGGUCCUUCAGGAGUGACUGUGGAUGCAAAUAUAAGUCCUGUAUCUUCAGACAGUAAGGCAGAAGGUUCUUUACCAACGUCAUUGGCUGCGAGGCCUAAAAUUCAAUCAGCAGCCUCAACAGAGGAUCAAGAAGAGAUGGACAGCCAGGAUGUAGAAAUAGCCAAUGUAGCUGAGCCCAUGGAUCAUUCAUGAUGGCUGAGAGGUUCUAAGAAAGAUUAUACAGAAAAUAUAUAUAUGUAUAAAUAUGUAGUAUGAUGGCUGGGCCACAGUGUGAAAUAGUCCUUUGCAUAAUUCUUCUAAGUUUAAAAGAAUAUUAAACUCCUUUU